AUGAAGCUCUCGACUCUUUCAUGCAGCCUCCUGGCAUGCCUCUCCUCACUGGUGUCUGCGACAGCGCUCACGUACAGGCUCGAAGCGAAUGAGAAGGCGUGCUUCUUCGCUGACGUCGAGAGACCAGCUGCGAAGGUUGCAUUUUAUUUCGCUGUCCAAGCAGGUGGUUCUUUCGAUGUCGAUUACGAAGUGAUGGGACCGAAUAACCAUAUCAUCAUGGAUGGAGAAAAGGAGCGACAGGGCGACUUCGUCUUCACGGCGACCGAGACUGGGGAGUACAGAUUCUGCUUCAAUAACGAGAUGAGUACUUUCGCGGAGAAAUAUGUCGACUUUGAAAUAGCUGUCGAGCACGAACAACGCGCAGCACUACCAGCGAAACAAGGCACAUCACCAGAACAGACAUCUGCUCUGGAGGAAUCCAUCUUCAAGCUCUCAGGCCAGCUCUCUACUAUCACGCGAAACCAGAAAUACUUCCGCACGAGAGAAAACCGCAAUUUCAGCACAGUGCGGAGCACUGAGAGACGGAUAUUUAACUUCAGUGUUAUCGAGAGCUUGAUGAUGGUUUGCAUGGCUGGGUUACAAGUGUUUAUUGUCCGGUUCUUCUUCCAGUGUUAUGGCAUUGGUUAUCGAGCUGUUGGAAUCAUAUUCUGGGCCUCUCAAGGACACAUACGCGCCACCGCGCUAGUCCCACCUCGUCUAGCUUUACGACCAGGUUUAGAUCGCGAUAAUUUGGUUUCAACGAUACAGUCGUCACGUCAAAAAGCUCACCUUGUCUUGUCCUCCGUCAACAACACCUUCAAUAUGACUUCAAUAGCGGCAUCCUUGUCACGGGCGCUGCCUAAACCUAAAUACACCGGUGAGGAAGAGGAGAUUCCACAGCAUGCGCAACAGAGAGGACCUCGAAUUUUAGGAGCAGGAGCCUUAAGUGACUCUCAAAUCGUAUUACGGGUUAGGCAAUUGUUCAUACUGCGCGGAGAAGGAGAUACUAAUGGGAUUUUGCAGAAAACCGGACCUCCUCCAUAUGGGCAGCGAGCGGGAUGGCGACCACGAUCACAGGAAGACUACGGAGAUGGAGGGGCGUUUCCAGAAAUCCCAGUCGCACAGUAUCCUCUAGAUAUGGGACGCAAGGGGAAUAGUUCCAGCACGGCGCUGGCUGUCCAAGUUAAUGCCGAGGGGAAGGUUAAAUACGAUGCUAUUGCGCGACAAGGCCAUAGCGACCAGCGGAUAGUUCAUGCGUCAUUCAAAGAUCUAAUACCGCUUCGACAGCGCGCCGAUGCGGGCGACAUUAAUCUUGAUCGGCCGAAUGAAGAUGAAGUUGCUGCCUCGACGGAGAGAACGAAAGAUGCGCUUGCAAAGCUGGUUAGUGGUGCGGUGGCUGCGCAGAAACCCAAGAAUGUCAAUGUGGGUAAUAGGAAGGAGCCGACUUUUGUUCGAUAUACACCUGCAAACCAGAUGGGAGAUACGACGAGGAAGAAAGAUCGAAUUAUGAAGAUCGUCGAGAGACAGGUGGAUCCCAUGGAGCCACCGAAAUUCAAACAUAAGAAAAUUCCACGAGGUCCACCGAGUCCGCCACCCCCCGUUAUGCACUCACCACCAAGGAAGUUAACCGCGGAGGACCAGGAGGCUUGGAAGAUUCCUCCACCAGUUUCGAAUUGGAAGAAUCCCAAGGGUUACACGGUGCCCCUGGAUAAGCGAUUAGCUGCCGAUGGAAGAGGAUUACAAGAUGUUACCAUAAACGAUAAAUUCGCCCAGUUUGCUGAAGCCCUUUUCACAGCUGAUAGGCAUGCGAGAGAGGAGGUCAAGCAGAGAGCGCAAAUGCAACAGAGGUUGGCGGAAAAAGAGAAGGCUCAAAAAGAGGAUCAUCUUCGAAUGCUAGCACAAAAGGCGCGGGAGGACAGAGCCGCAGCUGGGUCUGGGAGACGAGGGUCACGAACAUCAAGGUCCCGAUCCGGCAGCUAUAGUUAUUCGGAAUCCGAAAGAUCUGACAGCGAGGACGAGGAGGGGAUCCGAGAACGAGUGAAGAUGCGUCAGGAGAAGCAGCGGGACGAAGAACGAAAAAUGAGACAAAACCGUAUGGGCACCGAGCGAAGAAUUCAAAUGAUGGCCCGCGACCAAAACCGCGACAUCUCCGAAAAGGUCGCUCUGGGUCUAGCAAAGCCCACACAGUCUUCUGAGGGCAUGUUUGAUUCUCGACUCUUCAACCGAACAAGCGGUUUUGACUCGGGAUUCAAUGAAGAUCAGGCGUAUGAUAAACCAUUAUUCCAGGCGCAUGAUGCUAUUAAUAGCAUAUAUCGCCCGAGACAGAAUAUGGAUGAGGAUGAUGAUGAGGCGGCGGAGGCAGAGAUGGGGAAGAUUCAGAAGAGUAGUCGGUUUGCAGAUGCGCUUGGUAAGGGGACGUUUAAGGGGAGUGGUGAUGUCGAGGCGCGAGAGGGACCUGUGCAGUUUGAGAAGGAUACUGGCGAUGUGUUUAACGUUGACGAGUUCCUAAGCAACGUUGGGGAGAGUGGGAGCAGUAGUAAAAGAGAAUUCGGACUGCAGGCCGGGGAGGAGGACAGGGCGAGUAAGAGGGCGCGGAUAGAUGAGGAUGAAGAUUAA